AUGGAGCUAUUCGCAGAGGUGGGACACAGUGGCAGUGGUCCUUCCGUACACUCGACCUAUGUGCAGGACGACCGACCCCUCGCACCACCGCCCAUUCAUGUCGCCGUUCCAGUGGAUGAGGCAGAGGAGGGCGAGGAGAAUUCGGACGAGGAUUACGUGGCAGACAGUGCCCGCCACGUCCUGCCUCCACCUCUUCCAAUACCGGCACUUUCGGCAGUUUCGUCUCACUAUCACAUUCUGGAUUUGGACGCCAUGCAUGAGAGGACUCCGUUUCUUGACACGGGUGAAGAGGAUCAUGACCUAGAUGGCGGUGUUGAGUUUCGGGUCGGCCACAAGUUUAGAAACCGAGAGGCAGUGCUUCAGGGUGUGAAGAACUACAGUAUUAUGAGGAAUGCGGAGUACCAAGUGAUCAAAUCAGACCGGAUAAAGUACCAUAUGCAGUACCGUCAAGCUGAUCAUUGGUGUCAAUGGAGCCUCCGUGUAGCCCUUCGACAGAACCUCAGAUACUGGUGUACGACAUGGCUAAAGCAAUCACGUGUUGUUGUGUUCAGGGAGGUUCGGAGGGUGGGUGGAGUGCAUAGUUAUCUAGCACCCAUCAUGUCUCAAGACCAUCGUCAGCUAGAUAGCAGUCUGAUCUGCCGGGUUAUCUUACCGUUGAUUCAGUCCAACCCUUCUGUUAACAUUCCGGUUUUGGAAGGUGCAGUCCAAGCAAGCUAUCACUUCAAACCGUCCUACAGAAAGGCACUGCAGAGCUGUUUUCCUGGUACCAUUUGUGACUUACGCGUCAAACCAUUAUACGAUGGACACCUCCUGGUACGUGACUGCAGUAUGUUCGACAGGGUAUUUUGGUCUUUUCCGGCAUAUGUCGAAGCCUUCAAGCAUUGCAAGCUCUUUGUCUCUGUAGAUGGUACGCAUCUGUAUAGCAGGUAUGGUGGUGUGUUGCUUAUUGCGGUGGCGCAAGAUGGGAAUUGCAACAUCCUACCUAUUGCUUUUGCCAUUGUGGAGUCCGAGAGCACCGAGUCAUGGUCGUUCUUCCUAACUAAUAUGAGACGCCACGUCACCCUACAAGAGGGCAUGCUGGUUAUCUCUGACAGAUCUCAGGCUAUCAAGGCUGCGCUUAGCUCCAUUGACAGUGGUUGGCAUCCCCCAAGAGCCUACCAUGCUUACUGCAUAAAACACAUGGCUGCGAACUUCAUGACUCGGUUUAAGUUAGCCGAGGGAAAGAGGUACCUCAUUAAUGCUGCUUAUAGUCCAAGCAAGUCCGGUUACGAGUGGUACAUGGAUGCAUUGAGAGGAGUCUCGCAUACAAUGGUUAACUGGGCUGGUCGUUUUAGGAAGGAGAUUUGGCUACAACAUUGCGACAACGGGCAUCGGUUGGGUCACAUGACGACAAAUUUGUCCGAGUGCAUCAAAGCAGUGUUGAAGGGAACCCGGUACUUGCCGAUUUCUGCCAUUGUGCACAUCACGUACGAGAGAUUUCAGAAGUUGUUCGUGACAAAGGGCAGAGAGGUGCAGUCAUAG